GCAGUGCGCGGAGCUCCGGCUGCGUGUGGGGAACAGUGGCCGGAACGGGAGCGCUGGAGCCAGCGGUGGCAGAAGCAGCACAACAGGCAAUAUAAUAGAGGCAACAACUGACGGGAGUCCUUGGCCCUCUCUCGUAAACACACUCUGCUCCAGUGCCACCUCCCACUCCGCGCCGCGCACAGACCUGCCCGGCGUCCGAGGCCGCUAGAACUGCUAUGUAAGCGGGAGACUGCGUGAGGAAGGGGACUAGAGGGAAGAGGACGGCCCGCGCUAGCCUCUGUGAGACAAGUUUGCAGCUACUUUUGCACGCGCUCUCCCUAAACCUUCGUCCGCCCCUUCCAGCGGCACAGCCGGCCGUGGUGCCCUUCGCCUCGCGCACCCAGCAGCCGCAGUAUCCGACGACCAUGGUGACAGUGGAGAAGCUGCAGGAGAUGGAUUGCAGCGUGCUCAAAAGGCUGAUGAACCGAGAGGAGAGCGGCGGCGGCGCGGGAGGCAGCGGCGGCCACGGCGCCCUGGGGCUACCGAGCGGCGGCAAGUGCCUGCUGCUGGACUGCAGACCGUUCCUGGCGCAUAGCGCAGGCUAUAUCCGAGGUUCGGUCAACGUGCGCUGCAAUACCAUCGUGCGGCGGCGGGCCAAGGGCUCUGUAAGCCUGGAACAAAUUCUGCCCGCCGAGGAGGAGGUGCGCGCCCGCCUGCGCUCCGGCCUCUAUUCGGCGGUCAUCGUUUACGAUGAGCGCAGUCUGCGCGCCGAGAGCCUCCGCGAAGACAGCACUGUGUCGCUGGUGGUGCAGGCGCUGCGUCGCAACGCCGAGCGCACAGACAUCUGCCUGCUCAAAGGUGGCUAUGAGCGGUUUUCCUCCGAGUACCCAGAAUUCUGCUCCAAAACCAAGGCCCUAGCAACCAUUCCACCCCCGGUGCCCGCAAGCACUGCAGAGUCCUUGGAUCUGGGCUGUAGCUCCUGUGGAACCCCACUGCAUGACCAGGGGGGUCCUGUGGAGAUCCUUCCUUUCCUCUACCUCGGUAGUGCCUAUCAUGCUGCCCGGAGAGACAUGCUGGACACCCUGGGCAUCACAGCCCUGUUGAAUGUCUCCUCGGACUGCCCCAACCACUUUGAAGGACACUAUCAGUACAAAUGCAUUCCAGUGGAAGAUAACCACAAGGCUGACAUCAGCUCCUGGUUCAUGGAAGCCAUUGAGUAUAUUGAUGCGGUAAAGGACUGCCGUGGGCGGGUGCUGGUGCAUUGCCAGGCAGGCAUCUCACGCUCUGCCACCAUCUGCCUGGCCUACCUGAUGAUGAAGAAGAGGGUGAGACUGGAGGAGGCCUUUGAGUUUGUCAAGCAGCGGCGGAGCAUCAUCUCGCCCAACUUCAGCUUCAUGGGGCAGCUGCUACAGUUCGAGUCCCAGGUGUUAGCUACGUCCUGUGCUGUGGAGGCUGCCAGUCCCUCGGGACCCCUGAGGGAGCGAGGCAAAGCCACCCCCACUCCCACUUCACAGUUUGUCUUCAGCUUCCCAGUCUCUGUGGGGGUGCAUUCAGCCCCCAGCAGCCUGCCCUACCUGCACAGUCCUAUCACCACCUCCCCCAGCUGUUAGAGCCACUUUCGGAGCCCAAAGAGGUGGAGUCGGCCUACAGCCAGAGGUGGGUGGGCCACACAUACGGCAGCCAAGUCAGAACUAACCCAGCAGUGGGCAGGUGACCAGGCUCCUUCCCCAUCCAUUUCUCCUUGGCCAUCCUCGGGCCGGCUAGAAUGGCAAUAAGGACUUUGAAUACAUAUUAAUAGCAAACAAAGAAAACACUCCAACUUACAGCAAUAAUGGCUGCUUCAACAGCCCGGGAAAACCUUGGUUUGGUUUGUGUGUCAGUUUUACUUUUAAGAUAGAGAUUUCUUACCUCAUUUUUUUAAGCAGUAAGGCUUGAAGUUAUGAAAUCCACAGAUCCUGGCAAAUGUGCCCAACCAGUUUUAUUGGGAGGAGCGGGGCAGGCGGGCAAGUGAUAAGAAGCAAACAAAUUUCCCAGAAGUGCCUGGAUUUGUGUUCUUGUUCCUUUUUUGUUGUAGUUACUGGAAUUUUGUUUCUU